UGAUAAUUAAAGAAAUGAAUGAUUCAAACAAUAGUUUGAGAUUUAAAUCAAUGAUUGGUCUUAAAGGACAUCACCGAAGCCGUCAUGACUUAAAUCAGAGCUCUUUUAUUAGUUUAACAAAUAUAUCGAUUUCGUCGACAUUUUCGUUGUCAUCAUUGAAGAGUUCGUCGCUGAAGAAAAUGAGACGAUUUUUGACGACAACUAAAUUGACACGAAAUAAGUCAUCGGUUUUGUCGCCAAAAAAUCUCAACAAUGAAUUGGAGGCCAAAAACAAACAGAGAAACAGAAAAGAGGUUAACAAUGACAGCAACUGUGAACGCAUCCGACCCUCAAUAUCUUCGCCACAAAUUGUUUGUAAGAAAUCAUUACCGAUCACUAAUCGCAUCAUUUCGACACCGAUUUCACGAAAUGAAAACAGUAAUAGUCGUAUGUUUUGUAGACAAUCAUCCAAAUUAUGGAUAGAAAGUAUACCACAAGAAGUGGUGACCAAAUUUAAAGAGGCCUUCAGUUCUUGUGAAUAUAAACGACAAGAAGCUAUCUUUGAAUUAUUUUCGGGAGAAAUGGAUAUGUGUUACGAUUUGGGACUAAUUGAGGCCACGUAUCAAAACUCUUUAAUUCAUUUGGCAAUUAUUGAUGAAUCCGAGGCUUUUCAGAUAUUCGGUGAUUUGCAUGCUUUACAUUCAGUGCACUCUUCACUCGUCCAGAACUUAGAAGCGAUUCGAGAUAAAAAUGGUAUCUUUGGAUCAGUCGGUAAAGUUCUAAUGGAUUGGACACCAAAACUGGAAGUUUAUGAGAAUUAUUGUUCAAAUCAAAGGGCAGCGAAACAAAUACUUGAAAUGAAGAUUAAGUGCGAUAAGCGAAUGAAUGAUUUUCUUCAACGAUGUCUUGAGUCUCCAUUUAGCCGAAGACUUGAUUUGUGGGCAUUUUUAGACGUUCCUCGAAAUCGAUUAGUUAAAUAUCCUCUGCUUUUAAGAGCCAUAAAAAAGUAUACUUCAGAAACAAGUUUUGAUUACAAAGCUAUUGAAUGUGCCGUCAAUUUAAUGGAGAAAAUUAUAUCACAAGUCGACUACCGAAUGGGUGAAGAAGAAUGCAAAGUGUUUGUCGACAAAAUCGAUUUCGACCGAAGCUGUGACUCAAACGUAUGUCUAAUUGAAGCCAAAGCUAUUAUAUGCAGCGGAACGUUACGUAACUCUCGGGGAACAAAAGUUUUAUGUAUUUUAUUUGAUACAUGUUUUGUACUGACGAGACAUAACAACGAUUCCGGUGCUUUUGUCCUCUACCGACAACCCAUACUAAUCGGCGAACUGCAGUGUGAUUCGGGAGCAGCUGUAAAAAUGGGCAAUACUUUAAAUCGUACACUCAAUGGACCGGUAAAUCCAAACAAAUCUUUUGUCUUUCGUGUUUAUUCCUCUCAACGCGACAUCACUUAUACACUUCAAGCUAAAGACGCCAACAAUUUUAAAUUGUGGUCAAAUAAAUUAAGACAAGUUCUCGAUAAAUAUACUAUUAAACAGAUGACAAAUAAUCCAACGAUACCUAAAAUUAUGUCCAAAACUGUUAUCUUUAAAGAGCCGAUGCAAACACCAAAUAAAUCUCUUAAAAAGACAGAAGAAUCGCCGCGAAAGAAGAUUAAGUUUCAUAAUGAAAAUGAUUUGACCGAAUGCUAUGUUUAGCAAUUUUUUAAGCAAUUCUUUACCGAAUUUAUACCGAAAAUCAAUGAAUUUCAGA